AUGACUGCAAUAAAUCUACUCCUGAGCCGAGGCAUGGACGUCAAUCUCGACACGUACACGUGUUCGCCGUUGCACAUCGCAGCCCAGUACAGACAUCUACCUGUGGUAGAGAUUUUAUUGAUAAAUGGGGCCGAUCCAAACAAACAGGACGCGGAGAAGUCGACACCUCUUCACGCACUCGCGAGGCUGUGUCUAUGCCACUGCACCAACAUAAUCAGAUGCUGCGAUAAGAGAAAACCAGUUGAUGAUAUAAUUCAGACGCUAAUUGAAUAUGGAGCGAACAUCGAAGCUCAAAAUCGUAAUGGCGAUCGUCCCCUGGAUUUGGCGGUCUCUCGUUUCGAUGUGCAGCUAGUCAAAUCGCUUUUGAAACACGGCGCGAGUCUUGAAAAUUUGAACGAGGAUAAAAUGUUCGGCGCAGAGUUCACAUCGACCGAAUUGAAGAAUUAUCCUUUCACUCUGAACAUCAUCGAGAUGGUAAAAUUAUUGCAGUCGGCAGGAUUUAAGAUGAGCUUUGAUACCAGACUCAAGAUGUUAAAAUGUUGGAUAAAAGUUCGUGGAAACAACACAGACCAUAUAAUGCUUAAUAAUAGUGAUGAUAAGAUUUCAAGGGUUACUUUGAUUUUCAAGCAUGAACUUUUCUUCGAAUAG